CGUUGCCGCCGCUCGCUACGAAAGCUCCCACAAAGCCUCCCACACUCGCGCUAGCCAGUGCUUUUCCGAGCGUCGCGCGGAUCGGUUGUGUACUAUCCGCAGUGACCCGCGUAAACACGUAAUAUGUUGCAAGAAAUACAACUCGUUCAAGGUCAAACAAACUACGUCGUCGUCUCGUCUGGCUACCCCUCAGCGACCGUAACUAAAACGAAUAUGGAGAAAAGGGUCGUACCGAUCGCACCGGCCCCUGAAAAAAAUUAUGUCACACACGAUACUCCCCCGAACCUACAGUACAGGAAGAAAGUGCACUUUAGAACAAACCCAUACACUGGACCACAAGCCGCGUCGAUUGCGAGACGAAAUGCAAGGGAACGUAAUCGUGUAAAACAAGUCAAUGACGGCUUCAACGCCCUUCGCCGUCACUUGCCCGCUUCUGUAGUAGCCGCACUAUCAGGUGGCGCUAGACGGGGGUCGGGGAAGAAACUGAGCAAAGUGGACACAUUGAGAAUGGUCGUAGAAUACAUAAGAUACCUUCAACAGUUAUUAGAUGAGAGUGACGCAGCUAUGGGAAUAACUCGCGAUCAAGAAAAUAGAGAAAACAUUCCCAAUACGCAAUCGAUGUCUUCAGUGUCAGAUAUGGAUGACAGUUUUUUCUAUAGUAGCGGCUCCCCUUGUUCUGAGAAGGCCGAUUCACCUGCACCUUCGGAUUGCUCUUCGGGAGUGUCAUCAGCAUACUCUGCGGUAGAUCGAUACGAAGUGUCGACGCAGCAGCAGCUCGGCCCCAUGGAUGAAGAUGAACUCCUGGAUGUUAUUUCCUGGUGGCAGCAAAAAUAACAAAACGUACUCAAUGAUUCGAGUUUGGACGAAUCCCUCCGACACACUCAAUCAAUUUUGCGGUUGUAGUGAAGACGAAAAGACUCUUAAUAUAUCUAGUCAAAUAUUAGUGCCUUAAUAUGUUUAAUUAGUAGAAAAUAGUAUGAACUUUAUGGACCAGGAAGUGAUCUAUGUGAGAGCUAUAUGAUAUCUUUUGUUACCGUAUGAUGGACGAGCUUGAGGCGUUUAAAGUAAUUGUUAUGGAGCCAAAUGUAAAUAUUAGGUUAAGGUAACAUUAAAUUAUUUAUUGAA